AUGACCAAUCCUUACCUUCGAACAACACCUGAGGAAUUAUCACUGUUUCUUGAUGAUGUUGAAAAGAAUGUGACACUUGACGAAAACACAGACUUCAAGAAGCUAUUACUAUUUCUAUACGGCUUCACCAAUUCCAAGUUCGAAUCUCUACGUUCGGAGAAACUCCGUGAUGAAUCAUCUCAGACUUUGAACCUACUGCUACGACUUGUUGACACUAUAGCCUUGGUGCUCUCAAAAAAGAAACACCUACUUAACGCAGAGAUCACACCAGCAGAGAUUUCUCAGGUCCUCAACAAUACAGAAACAGUCUCUGUACCAUUUGGGAACCAGAACGUCUAUGAAUGGGGCGUUCACUUCUCCAUGUGCUGGCUACUGCAGUUUCCCUACAAGCUCAAUGUGACCAACGUGGUCAAACUGUUACUUAUAGGGCUAAUCAAUAGUGUAACUGUGCACGUGAAGGGCUUCAGGUAUGCCAGACAAGUUCAGAUUGAUUUGUUGAAAAUACUAUCAGAGAAUGUCAACUAUUUAUUUUCUAGAGUCAAGUCUGUGCGAAGCCAGAUGGACAAGCUCACCGCCACAGUUCACCUUCUAAGUGUGGUGAACGAUUAUGAUGUGCAGCGCAAAUUAAUGCUUACUUCAAAUGGCACUAGACUCCAGCUAGAAGGCUUUAUCAAACGUACCUGCUUUAUUCUAGACGCCAUAGAUCUUGCGAUUGAGGAUUCCUUUCUCCCGUUGGUGGAUAACUUGAAAAGUGUUCUCAUAUUAGGUAUGACAAGCAAUCUUUUACUAGAUGAGAGUAUGAAAUGGUCCCAAGUUGCAUAUUUAAUGUCAUGGAUUCACUCACAUCUCGAGAGUUUUAGAUAUAAAAGCAAAGUGGCGACUCAAUUAAAAAACUUCAAUAAGGCUGUUUGCUCAUGUCUUAUGAAGAUUUACGAUUUUUGCCAGCUGAGAGAUUUGCUCAACAACUUUUUCACAAGUUUUAAUACCUCUGUACUUGAAGAAAAGGACUCGCUGAACUCUGUCAAUGAGCUUUUGGCCUCUUCACGAUUCCCGCCAUCGAUAAAGAAACUUUCACACAUUUUAUGGCAUCAAAAGCACGUCUACGAGAAUACUAGCGUUCAUCCCAGUACUAUAAUGCUUGCGUCAGUACCAUUUCUUGAUAAUGAGCUUGAUGAACUCAGAAAUAAGAUACUAGGUGUAAAAUCGGGUGACAUAACAUCCGCUCUCUACUUUAUCAUCCCACCCGAAGCUUCAUUCACAACAUACAUCCAAUCAAUAAGUCAAGAGAUCACUCCUGACAUAAAUUAUUGGCUAGCAUAUGUCUCAACUAUAAUAAAGAUGGAUUUGUCUUCAAAGCUGCCCUUCGAUCUGCCUGCUACCCUUUUUACCUUCGUUCGUGCAGUUGGUAAGGCUCCUGCUAUUAUUAUGGGAAAGUAUAGGUAUGACAAAGAUGAAAUAAUAAGCGAGGCGAAGUUAUCUUCGAGGAACAUCUAUAACGCUAUUUCUCCGGAUAGGCCAUCAGUCCAGGAAGUCUCCGAGGCUGAUAUUCUUUACAAAGAUAUUAUUUGCGGCUUUUUGUUAGAGCGCAAAAUUGAUGCCUUUGCUAAUAGCUCGCCACUUCUCAUUACCUUUUUGCAGAUACUAUUCGAAUUAUUCAGUAUCUUUCGUCCUCCCACAAAGGAUAUACACAAUGAACCUUGUCAUUCAUUUAUACUCCAAUGUCUCACAUCAUGCAAAUGCAGAGGGGCACGAAUCAUAGCAGCGAAAUUACUACCCCUCUACUUGAUACAUCGUCAAGAUGACAACCUGGAGCAGGUGUUUAAGUUCACCUUCCUGCUGAUUUCCAAAAUUAAGAUUAACUAUCCUCUGCACACGUAUCUCGCAGAGUCAACAUUGAUGGCCCUCAGUGAAUUAGCAGUAAUCUGUGAUGGGGAAUGGCUAUGUGUAGUUUUCAUAAAGAUCAUCGACUGUUUUGGCGAGGUCAACGAGCAGCAUGUCAAUCUUGCUUAUUGCUUUCUUCUUUAUGUGGCCACUGCGAGAGCAUUGACACCAUAUAAGCUUUUGUCACCAUUUCUUCCAAGCAUAGCUGAGAGGAUUGUCAAGAAGCCACGAAUGUUCUCGAGAAUUACCAGCAUCUUAGGAGUCUCUAAGAAAUUUUUCCUAAGUCAAACAAGGGAUUACACUACGCCACGUCUCCUUGAAUACUACAAGCAUGACUUCAUUCAAGACAUUGCAGAAUCUUCGAAUAUGGACAAGACCAAGCUAAUCGCGAAAACGUUACCUCGCAUCAUGGCCACUUACCUAUGUAAAGAUGAGAGCAUUGAUGCUGAGUACAUCGUUAAUGUUCUUUCCAAUGCAAGCCAAAGGUAUCGACAGCUUACGAUUACAGAUCUCAUACCCAACAUAGGAGAAGUGUUGUGGUAUAUUCUCCUCCAGAUUCAACUUGACGAGAGCGGUCUGAUUAUAAAUGAGGCUAGAAUAUUCAAUGCAAUUAAGUAUGUGGCAAAGAUUAAUUAUGCAAAGCGGGCGAAGGAACGUCCUAAGUCACAGGAUUUUGAUUAUGUCAAAUAUAUAUUAGGGGAGCAUGUCCUUGAAAUUGUUCAGAGAUUCUCAGAGAAUGUGCACCAUAUAAAGGGGAUUAAACCAUUUCUUGAAAAAGUCAGUUCUCUCAAUGCAAUCCACUUUGUGAUAAGCAGAAAUAUUGAUGCUGCCGCAUCUGCAUUGGGCCAAAUUUCCACAUGUCUACAAGCGUCUCUUGAAACCCCAGCGUUGGAAUUGCCGGCGAUCCAGUGUUGGAAUGUACUUGUUCAGAAUCUCAACUCCGAGCGACUUGUGUCUCUCUUCGAUAUCACUAUAUCAUUAAUCUUUCAAAAGUUUGAGGUAUUACAGCAUAAAUCGAAGCUAAUUGCGGUCAAAAUUCUUGAAAAAUUGUUUCGUGAACUUCGUGAUAAGUACAAAAAGUAUGCCUUAUACUACUUUUCCGUUCCAUUUAUCAAAGAUUUGGAUAGGUACUUCAUAUUGGAUGCCACAUUCAUAAGCCUAAUGAAACCGAAAUCAAAAUUGAGCUACUUUCCCGAGUUCACCAGGAGAUUGCAAACGAAUAAUCGAUAUGUUGUGCAUCAGGCACUUGAUGAUCUCCUCAACUACACAGACAAGUACCAAUUGAGUUGCCAAAAAGAUGAUUUUAAAGAUGCAGCGAGCGAGGCUUCAGUUUCGCUUUUGGUCAGAACUAUUCUCGAUGUCUCUGUCCAGUUUAAGAAUAAAAACACUGCAAUAUCCACUAAAUGCCUGAAGGUCUUAGCUCGAAUUGGUGCUUUAGAUGCCACUCGAUUCAACUUCAAAACAAUAGACUCAAGGAUCGUUGUCUUGUACGAUUUUCAGGAUUAUAAAGAGAACGCCGACUUUUUAUGCCAUUUCAUUAGAGAAAGGGUAAUAAAAAAUUUUUGGGCCUCAGAUGAUCCUAUAAGACAGCUUUUCUCUGCCUAUUCCAUGCAAAAGUUUCUUAGCGUCAUGGGACUUGAUAGUUCCAUUCUAAGCUCUUCUAACUCAGGAGUGAGAGCGGAAGUGUGGAACAGUUUCUCGGAGAUUGACAAGUCAACUUUGACUCCCUUGCUUUCAUCAAAAUACUUCGCACCUGAACCACGAUAUGAACCUCUUCAUUUUCCAUACUUCAAGCCUGGUAUGAAGCACGAUAAAUGGCUCGUUGACUUCACAACCAACCUCCUUAGGAGGCCACUUCAUAACAAUCUCAAACAGCAAGGGAAAAUGAUGAUGGCAAAAUCUGUUAUAUUCCAAACCUGUUCAUUGCUAAUUCGGGAUGAUGAAGUUUCCGUUGCACAACAUUUGGUCAAAUACGUUGCGAUGAGCCAUAUUGUAAAUGGCGAAAGUGAAGUAAGAUCAAAUAUUCUUGACGAGCUUCUCAGUAUUCUUAGAUUAGCGGUGAACCAGACAGUCACCACCGAGAGAGCCGAAGAAUUGAAAGCCUGCUAUCAGUCAGUAUUUGAAAUAAUAGAUUAUUUUAAUGAGUGGGUAUCGGCAGCAACUCACAAAUUGAGUGACUCUUCAAUAACUAAAGCGGACUCCUCUAUGAUCAAGAGAAGCCGCGAGAGUGUUGUUAGUUUCUUGGAAGAGAUUCCUAUGGAGUUGAUUGCUCUCACAUCCUCAGAAUGUGACUCGUAUGAGAGAACAAUCCUUUAUCUCGAGAACUGUUAUCGAGACGGAAAGGUACAGAAUAACAACCGCCUUGAUUACUUAAGCAUAACCUCUACAUUGCAGUCCGUAUAUUCCAACAUUGAUGACUAUGAUGCUUUAGAUGGCGUUCUCAAAAAGUUUUCAACGAAUAAUUUAGCGGAAAAGCUUGAUACUUUUCAGUACAACGAGAAUUGGGCUAUUGCACAGGAGUCCUUUGAAGUAUUAAGCCACAUUGGCAGUGAGGAUGAUCGGGUUGACUGCAAUACUAAACUUCUCAAGUCCUUGACGAACCACGGACUUUAUGAUAGUGUAAUUCAACGUUUGAAUUUGAAUGCAAGAGAACUCACUCAAUUGCCGUUGCCAUGGGUAAUGACCGGACUCGAGGCAGCCACCGCCACAUCCAACGUUAAAGAACUAAGAAAAUGGCUAACCUUGGCAAAUACUAUUGGCAAAAGCUCUGAUGUUGAAGACUUGUUCCACGCCAAAUUUGCAACCGCGCUUCUUGCGUUGAAUUCAAAUGAUCUUGACAGAUUCAACUCUUGUGUUGAAGAAAUUUACGCCCUUCUCGGGCAAUCUUUGUCUCUGUCAAGGUCGUCAUCAUUAUCGAGAAAUUCAACAUUUCUUUUGCAAUUACACAUUUUGUAUGAUACCUCCACCAUCGUUCUCAACAAAGAUGAUUCCAGUCGAUUGACAGAAAUCGAAAGAGUCUUUAAAGAACGGAUGAGUAAUACGGAUUUGUCAUUCGAUACACAAUGGAGAAUAUUAAGCAUUCACAAGGCUGUCACAAUCAUCACAGGUAAACUUGAUAAGGUAUCCGAUGUUUUGCUCAAUUGCUCUAAAAUUGCUCGCCGUAAUGAUCGUUUGGAUAUUGCAACCAAGUGCAUUAUGAGUGCAAUGACGCUCAAUGACAGCGAAGCGAACACUGAGUACGCACAUCUUUUGUGGGAUCAGGGUAAACAAACCGAAGCCAUCAAAACGCUUUCUGAUAAUUUGAACACAGACAAACUCAAAGGCAAGGCGAAACAAGCUAGAGACCAAUUGCAGUAUGCCCUAUGGCUUGACGAGUCAAGUCAUUCGUCCUCUUCACGAAUCAUCACAGAGUACACAAAAGCCUACAAGCUUGAUCCAUCAUGGGAUAAACCCUACCAUGACUUGGGUAAGUAUCAUACAAAGUUGAUGGAAUCACAGAACGACGUUUCUGGUUAUUAUGAGCAACAAAUUAUUCGCUAUUUUUUAAAAGCUUUAGCACUAGGUCCCACUUAUAUUUUUGAGGCACUCCCCAAAUUUAUAACCGUGUGGCUUGAUUUUUCUCAACGUCCAAACAAAACAAGAGACGCCGAACGUAAGCUCAACCAGAUCGUUCACGACAUUAAGACCUACAAAAAUUCCAUCCCCAUUUAUGUAUGGUAUACUUCGAUAACUCAGAUCUUGUCGAGAAUCACUCAUCAGCAUCAACCCAGUGUGGAGCUCAUGCAAAGUAUCAUUGAAUCAUUCAUUGAAGUAUAUCCAAAGCACAGUUUAUGGUACGUUUUGUCUCACGUUAAAUCAAAAGACACAAUCCGGAGACAGCGAAUAAUAAAGGUGCUCAAUAAGUCAAAGGCAACGAAAUCAUUGAGUGAUAUCAUCGUCAGCGCAAAGAACUUGUUCGAAAUCUUAGAAAGCAUCGCAUCAAAGAAAGUGAAGAAAGCUCAGAAAAGGAGAUGGCUUUUGACAGAAGAUUUUGGCGUCACAGACCUUCACAAAAGUUUCGACUCCCUCGUGAUACCCGUGAAAGCAAACCUCGAGAUUAAACUACCCGCAGCUCGCCAUACGAGCAAACCAGGAUCUGCCUUCCCCAGAUCCUCAUCCAUAACAUUUGAUGGCUUUGAUGAGGAGGUACAUAUAUUUCAUUCUCUUCAAAUGCCAAAACAAAUCACGAUAAGAGGUACCGACAACAUGGCCUACAGACUUAUGCUAAAAAGAGAUGAUACCCGUAAAGAUGCCAAGGUUUUCGAGUUCUCUAAUAUGAUAAAUCGGCUCUUGUCGUCCAACAAUAUGGCGAGGAAAAGAAAUCUUAUCAUUGAGAAUUACUCGGUGAUUCCUCUAGCCGAAGAUAUGGGGGUAAUUGAAUUUGUGCCAGAUGUGGCGACCAUGAAAUCUGUCAUUCACGAACAGCAAAAGAAGCUCGGAAAAGUUCCACACGAUCGAAAGAUCUUCAUGAAACUUGAUGAGGCACAGAAGGUUGUGAAAGCUAACCUUGCUACUGACGAGAACGCAAUGAUCUCACUUAUUCAUCUUUUUGAAAGCAUUUGCGAUGAAUUUCCUCCUGUUCUUCAUCAGUGGUUUAUUGACCAGUUUUCGGAUCCUGCCUUCUGGUAUUUAGCAAGGAAAAGUUAUACGAGGACUGCUGCAGUCAUGUCAAUUGUUGGUUACAUUAUCGGUUUGGGAGACCGUCAUUGUGAAAAUCUUCUAUUUUUCAAACGAAACGGAGCUGUUUUGCAUAUCGACUUUGAUUGUCUUUUUGAAAAGGGCCUAAGUUUGCCUACUCCGGAAAUUGUACCCUUCAGAUUAACACAAAACAUGGUCGCCGCCAUGGGCAUUACAGGAAUAGAGGGAACAUUCAGAAUAACAAGUGAGGUUACUGGUCAAAUUUUGCGUGACAACGAAGCAUCGCUCAUGAAUAUUCUCGAAACCUUGAUUUACGAUCCAUUAUUAGAUUGGAAGACUCAAGAAAAUCCUCAGGAUCAUUUAAGAAAAGUCAGGAGGAAGAUAAGGGGAUUACUUGACGAAAAAGAGGGGUUACCAAUGAAUAUUCACGGUCAGGUUGAUGUGUUGAUUCAGGAGGCUACUUCGAAAGAUAAUCUUGCUCAAAUGUAUGGUGGUUGGGCACCUUACGUGUAA